AUGCUGUUUUUUCUCUUGAUUUUUUCUCUAUUAUCUCCAUUAUUUAUUGGAAUGGAGCAAAAUGGUUACUGGGAUGUUUGCUGCAAUUCAUGCUGGAAUGGUUUAGGAAAUUUAUGCCCACAAAAUUGUUGGGACCUUCAUCUUGGAGAAUGCAUAAAUCAUUGCUGGAAUAGUGUUUGUGAUUAUUGCAAUAGCUUUUUUCGGGAUCAAAACGUAAAUCAAUCUGAUUAUCAAGCGAUAGAAGAUUCGGAAUGCGAAACAGAGUAUAAUGAAGAUGGAUCUGAAGGCGAUGUACAAGAACAUCGUUAUACUGGGGUAGAGUGGGAAGAAAUGCCUUCUACAUCGCAAGGACAAACAGACUAUUAUCAUUAUGGAAAAGAAGUAUGUGAAGAGGAAUAUGAAGAUGAUGAAAAUGAAGGCAGAUUUCGAGAAUAUGAUAAUACUGAAGAAAUGUGGCAAGAAAUGCCUACAGCAUCACAAGGACAAACAAGCAAUCAUUAUGAUAAUUGGGAUGAGGAUGUUUCACAGUAUAACCCAGACAUACAUAUUCAAUUUGGAGGAAUGAAUAUAGGUGGUAAAAUUUCAUAA